UAUUGAUUUCAAACUCUACUACUCUCCCUGAGUUCUGUGUUUUCUUGUGCACAUCACUGUAUGACUUGCUUAUCAAAGGAGAAUCCAACAACACACUUUGAUUUCAUUCUUGUUCUAAAGUUUUUGUUAACUUCUUAUAACCCCCCACAUUUCUUGCUCUCAUCAUCUGACAUUUUUUCUCAACUGAUACUAGCUGCCAUUGACCACCCCCACCCCCACCCCCACCCCCACCCCACCUUUUUUUUAAGCUUUGAAUUUACUAAUACAAUCUUCAAGCUAUAUUGUUGUGACAAUGGCUACAUCAGUGCAAUGUAGGCCACAAGAAAGGACUUUAGGUAUGGUGAUGAAGGAGGUAGAUGAAGAUCUUGCAAUGUUUCUUGAGAUGCGACGCAGCGAAAAGGACAUGAAUGAUCAACUGGCUAAAUGUAACUCUGAGGAAUUGGAUCAGCAAUUAGGCUCAGAGGUUGACUUCUGUUUGUUAUCAAAUGGGACAUCAACAAAGCCUGCUAAUCAAGAUUAUCUUUUAAACUCUGAGAAUGACAAGAAUGACUAUGACUGGCUCCUUUCACCACCUCAGACUCCUUCAAAUCCAUUACCAGAGGUGGAAGAACAGAAUAUUCGGGUGUACCAGAUUGUGACGAAUUCUAGUUCAACUGGUCAAGACUGUAAAAUUAAGACAGAUUCCAGUACAACUGCUCCUGAGCCUAAAAUAAGCAUUGAGCAGGACAUAGCUCAGCCUGCAAACUCACUGGAAGGGCUCCAUUCAACUGGACAGUCAGAAAUGUCCAGAAGCAAAAACUCUUCUGCUGGAAAUGGAAAGCCUUCAUCGUCAGGGGGGAAAAAGGCAACUUCCACAAGGUCAGCAACGCCUACUGGACGUCCUCGUAGUUCUGCAUCCAAGCCCUCAAGAGCUUCUACUCCUACUUCAAGAGCGACAUUGCCUUCUGUUAAGCCUGUUGCUUCCACAGCAAGAUCUUCAACUCCAACAAGAGCAGCUCCACGCUCUUCUACCCCAACCGGUAGACCCUCCAAACCUGCUGCUUUCAAGUCAACAUCAAGGUCAGCAACACCAACUCGUCGACCAUCAACUCCAUCGUCCAUUCCUAUUGUAUCAAUGUCUGGGUCUCGAUCUUCUUCAUUGACAAAAACGGGUACCACAACAUUGAAAAAAACUGCACAAUCUCAGGGCACCUCUCCAACUGUGAAGUCUAGGCCAUUGAAACCCUUGGAGACACCAAGUCUUUCGCGUGAUUCUUCUGUCAAUUCUAAGACAUUGGUGCCUAAAAGGCCUGCAUCUGCAUCUAGGGGAAGACCAACUGCACCUGGCGCACGACACUCUACCACUAAUGGAAAACCCAGACGGAAAUCAUGUUCUCCUUCUAGAGGACGAGCAACAACAGCUACUAUUUUGAGCAAUGCAACCACUCUGCUUUCCAAGAGUAAGGGCUAUGGUAUUGAGAAAGAUGAUGUGAACCCUGUGUUGAUCGGCUCACAGAUGGUUGAAAGGGUAGUAAACAUGAGGAAAUUAGCUCCCCCGAAGCAAGAUGAUAAUCUAUCUCAUGAAAAUUCCUCCAAGAAAUCUCUGUCCCGGGAAAAUACAGGCUUUGGAAGAUCAUUCUCCAAAAAGUCUUUGGAUAUGGCUCUACGGCACAUGGAUAUAAGGCGAAGUGUUAAUGGAACGUUACACCCAGUCCUGACACGAGUCUCUGCUUCUUCAGCAAACGGUAUCCAGUCUAGCUCGACAAAGAAUAAGACAGGUAGUGUUUCUGACUCGCCACUUGCAACGAGCAGCAAUGCUAGUUCAGAGCCCAGUAUCAACAAUAGCUCUCAUAAUAUAAACUGGAGUGAACUGGAAGACAAUAACUUUGGUUGUGAGAGAGAACUAUCGUCUCCCCGCUAGCCAGCAGCAUCUGGAGCAGCAACCUGUAGGACUUGAUGUGAUAUGUAUUCUUGCUGUGUGCUUUGAUUAUUUAAUCUUGUUUGUUUUUGGAACUCCUACAUUGAAAUAUUGCAUCUGGAUUUAUUUUUCAAGGAUCCUUUGCAAUAGUAGUGGCAUUUCUUGUGCUCUGCAUGUACUUCUUGACUAGCAAAGAUGAAACUUUUCUUGUAAUUAUAAUGGGGAAAAAAACUUAAAUUA